CUGUCGGCUGGAGGAGGAAGUUAGCGAGAGGAGAGAGAGAUCGGAGAGAAACAGUGGCGGAAAUACACGACAGCAACUCGAAAAACAAAAUAGCGUCCUUCAUAAAUGUAAUCUGUAAAACGAGAAAAUAAAUAAAUAAAUAAAUAAAUAAAUAAAUAAAUAAAUAAGCAAACCAAACGGGAAAAUCUGCAGCCAGACUCGUGACUGACUGAGGCGAGCAAAGAGAGAGAGAGACCACAGCACCACGUCAGAACUGACACGCCCUGACCUCCUCGCCUCGCCAUUCCUGAUCUCCGCAGGCCGACGGGCUGCCUUUCUCACUGAGGCAGGUGACAUGCUCACGCACCAGGGCUAGACCGUGGAGAGGAGGAGGAGAUGAAGCUGAAGCAGAGGGUGGUCCUGCUGGCCGCACUGCUGGUGGUCCUCAUCCUGGCCAAGGUGUUCCUGCUGGACGGGGGCGAGGGGUCGGCUGCGAGCCGGCAGGACCAGCGCGCCUUCCAGCGCAUGGAGGCGGGUCUGCGGCUGCGGAGGGGGGCGCAGCUCGACCACACCCUGCAGUCCCCCUGGGAGGUGGCGGCGCAGUGGGUGGGGCCGCGCGAGGUGUACCCCGACGAGACCCCUGAGCUGGGGGCCGUGCUCAGCGCCAUGGCGACGGGCCGCGUGGAGCGCGCUGACGUCGGCUACAAGGGCACACAGCUCAAAGCCCUGCUGGUGCUGGAGGGGGGACAGAAGGUGGUCUUCAAACCCAGGAGGUACAGCCGGGACCACCUGGUGGAGGGAGAGCCCUAUGCCGGGUACGACAGACACAACGCUGAGGUGGCCGCCUUUCACCUGGACAGGAUCCUGGGUUUCCGCAGGGCGCCCCUAGUGGUGGGGAGGUUCAUGAACCUGCGGACAGAGAUCAAACCCGUCGCUACUGAUCAGCUGUUGAGCACCUUCCUGAUGCAGGGUAACAACACCUGUUUCUACGGGAAGUGCUAUUACUGCCGGGAGAGCGAGCCGGCCUGCGCGGAGGGAGAGGUGAUGGAGGGCUCGGUGACGCUCUGGCUGCCUGACGUGUGGCCCCUGCAGAAACACAGGCACCCCUGGGGCCGCACCUACCGAGAGGGCAAGCUAGCCAGGUGGGAGUAUGAUGAGAGUUACUGCGACGCUGUGAUGAAGACGGCUCCGUACGACUCUGGCCCGCGGCUCCUGGACGUCAUCGACACGGCCAUCUUCGAUUACCUCAUAGGCAACGCAGACCGCCAUCACUACGAGAGCUUCCAGGACGACGGUGGAGCCAGCAUGCUCAUCCUGCUGGACAAUGCCAAGAGUUUUGGCAACCCUACCCAGGAUGAGAGGAGUAUCCUGGCCCCAGUGUACCAGUGCUGUAUGGUGCGCGUGUCCACAUGGAACCGGCUGACCCUGCUGCGGAACGGCGCUCUGAGCGCGGCAAUGCGGGCGGCCACGGCGCACGACCCCCUGCACCCCGUCCUAUCGGAGCCGCACCUGUCUGCGCUGGACCGGCGGCUGGAGAGCGUGCUGACCACCGUGCGGCAGUGUGUGGAGACGCAGGGAGCCGAGAGCGUGCUGACCGAGGAUCGCAUGAAGCUCUCUCACUCCUAACCAGCAGGGGGAGUCUCGCAACACUGGGGACUGCUUCUUGUGUUUAGAUCCCCCCCACCCACAUCCACCUAAAACACUCUGAGAAGGGGGGAUUGGAGGGGUUGGGAAGGGAGGACCUGCUGUAGCAUUAAUAGACUCACUUUUAUUUUGAAAAUGCGGGAAAGUAAAAAACACUGAAGACCAGUGCUGUUGAAUUCACAAGAGAGGAGAACUCUGUGCAAAGACUAAAACUGGAGCCUGACGAUGGGGGUGUAUGGGUCGACUUUUAAAUAUAUUUGCAAGAAAAGCCACAGCAUGAUCCACACUGCAGCCAGAGGAGCUGGGAGGGGCCGGUCGGUCUGUGUGCUCACAUAGCUAGAGAUGCACCUGAAACAGCACAGGAUCACAAUGGAAGAGGGGGCAGGGUCAGUACUGUACAGUGUGGACAGCAGGGUCACUACUGUACAGUGUGGACAGAAGGGUCACUACGGUACAGUGUGGACAGCAGGGUCAGUACGAUACAGUGUGGACAGCAGGGUCACUACUGUACAGUGUGGACAGUAGGGUCACUACUGUACAGUGUGGACAGCAGGGUCCUUGCUGAAGUUGGGGGGUGCAGUGUGCUGCUGUUGGGAGAUGAUGAGGGGGGUGUUAAAUCAAGGGCUGGAUCUGGGAUAGUAAUAUAGAAUGGGUCGGGAUUCUCACUGGGACAGAGCUGGAUUUUUCUUUAAUAAAUUGCUGUGUGACCUUU